CCGGAUUCCGGCCCUGCGCUGCGCGCACCCGAGGGGGGUCGGGCGGGGAAGCGGCGCCGGCCCGGACCCCCCGCGGGAGCAGGCGACGGGAGUGAGGACAAGGUGGCUGCGGCGGACGGAGAGCAGUGGCCGCUGGUGUCUUCAGCCUUUUCUUCAAGUGUUUCACCGUGAAUUAUAGUGUGUCGAACUGGACAAGGUGUCUUAGUUGAAGUUUCACCAGUUGAAAAAUUGGAGAUUUCUAGACUACUGAAAAGAAGGUGCUUUCAGAGCUGGAGAUGUGAAUAAAACUCCUCUGCCAGGGCUCAUAAACCAUCUUGAGAAAAUGACUGUGAUGUUAGAAGAUUGUUACUUUUGGAAGGCUGGUUAACAUCCAUUUCCUAAGAGAAACUUGACUGCCAUUUGCUCUGGCAUGGCGCAAAGCAAUCCACAGCUUGAUAUUCAGGUUCUCCAUGAUCUCCGACAACGUUUCCCUGAAAUUCCAGAGGGUGUGGUGUCUCAGUGCAUGUUACAGAAUAACAACAAUCUUGAAGCCUGUUGCCGAGCCCUUUCCCAGGAGAGUAGCAAAUACUUAUAUAUGGAAUACCAUAGUCCAGAUGACAAUAGGAUGAAUAGAAAUCGCCUUUUGCAUAUUAACCUGGGUAUCCAUUCUCCUAGUAGCUACCACCCAGGAGAUGGAGCUCAGCUUAAUGGUGGUCGAACACUAGUCCACAGCUCAAGUGAUGGACAUAUUGAUCCACAGCAUACAGCAGGUAAACAGCUGAUAUGUUUAGUUCAGGAACCACACUCAGCUCCAGCUGUUGUGGCUGCUACUCCCAACUACAAUCCAUUUUUUAUGAAUGAACAGAACAGAAGUGCAGCUACUCCUCCCUCACAGCCACCUCAACAGCCAUCUUCCAUGCAAACAGGAAUGAAUCCAUCUGCUAUGCAAGGGCCUUCACCACCGCCGCCGCCACCUCCUUCAUACAUGCACAUACCUCGGUAUAGUACAAAUCCAAUUACUGUUACAGUAUCCCAGAACCUCCCUUCUGGACAGACUGUACCAAGAGCUUUACAGAUUCUUCCACAAAUUCCAAGCAAUCUCUAUGGGUCUCCUGGUUCUAUUUAUAUUAGACAGACAUCUCAGAGUUCAUCAGGAAGACAGACUCCUCAGAAUACGCCAUGGCAGUCCUCACCACAGGGCCCAGUGCCUCAUUACAGCCAACGUCCUUUACCUGUUUAUCCACACCAACAGAACUAUCAGCCUUCUCAGUAUUCUCCCAAACAGCAGCAGAUCCCUCAGUCUGCAUACCAUUCACCACCUCCUUCUCAAUGUCCUUCACCCUUCAGCUCUCCACAGCAUCAAGUGCAACCUUCCCAGCUGGGCCACAUCUUUAUGCCACCUAGUCCUUCAACUACUCCACCCCAUCCAUAUCAACAAGGACCUCCUAGCUAUCAGAAACAGGGAAGCCAUUCAGUAGCUUAUCUCCCGUACACAGCAUCAAGCUUACCCAAAGGUUCCAUGAAGAAGAUAGAAAUUACAGUUGAACCUUCUCAAAGACCCGGGACAGCAAUUACUAGGAGUCCUUCACCCAUCAGUAAUCAACCGUCUCCACGGAAUCAGCACUCACUGUACACAGCCACCACACCACCUUCAAGUUCUCCUUCAAGAGGGAUAUCUAGUCAACCCAAACCUCCAUUUAGCGUUAAUCCUGUGUAUAUUACAUAUACACAGCCAACUGGACCUUCGUGCGCUCCAUCACCAUCUCCUCGGGUGAUACCAAACCCAGCUACAGUUUUUAAAAUUACUGUAGGCCGAGCAACGACUGAGAAUCUUUUAAAUUUAGUGGACCAAGAAGAGCGCUCUGCGGCACCAGAACCUAUUCAGCCCAUUUCAGUGAUACCAGGCUCUGGGGGAGAAAAGGGAAGCCAUAAAUAUCAAAGGAGUUCUAGUUCUGGAUCAGAUGACUAUGCCUAUACGCAAGCCUUGCUGUUACAUCAGCGAGCAAGGAUGGAGAGGUUAGCAAAGCAAUUGAAACUUGAGAAAGAGGAGCUAGAGCGGUUGAAGGCUGAAGUUAACGGUAUGGAGCAUGACCUGAUGCAGAGACGGCUCAGAAGAGUUAGCUGCACCACUGCUAUCCCGACGACUAGAUGCAAAUCAGCACAUGAUUUGAUGAAAAGCAACUUUAUUGUUGAUUUUGGAAACUUUGAUCCAAAAGCCAUGAAUAAUUUUUAUGACAACAUAGAACCUGGCCCAGUUGUACCACCCAAGCCAUCUAAAAAAGACUCCUCAGACCCCUGCACAAUUGAGAGAAAAGCCCGAAGAAUUAGCGUGACCUCCAAAGUACAGGCAGAUGUCCAUGACACCCAGGCAGCAGCUGCGGAUGAGCAUCUAACUGGCUCCAAACAGAGUCCUCGUACACAACCUCGAGAUGAAGACUAUGAAGGGGCCCCAUGGAAUUGUGACAGCUGCACCUUUCUCAACCAUCCAGCACUAAAUCGCUGUGAGCAGUGUGAGAUGCCACGGUACACUUGAAUUCAGAACAGUCUGCACCAGGUUGAGAGUAAAAUGUUGAGCACCACCAGAAGAAAAGGAAACCUCGGGAAUCUAUUUAUCUGCCCAGCCUUUUCAUUUCUGAUUGCACAGUGGGGAGGAGGAAGGGGCACUGUGGCUGCUGUGCUCACGAAAGGAAAAAUGGGGAGGUUUCUUUUUUUCCUUUCUUAACUCAUUGCAGAGUGAGAGACAGAAAGGGAUACUUGAAACUAGGAAAGGAUUCACUCCUGAAAGAAUGUACACAGAGAAGUCAAGAGCUUGCCUGUGGAAUCCCAAUUGUUAAAGUUACUGCUGAGUGGCCCUUAUUUUUUAAACUAGAACUUUGAAUCAUGGUAUGAAAUGUUACAGUUUAUGCAGACAAACUGUGAAUUCCCAGAGCAGACUUACCUGGUCACAGCUCUCUGGAAAACCAACGCUCCCCGUGCUCCUUUCCGUUGCUUCCUACUAAAGAGAAGGACAGGAAAAAGCACCCAGAAUAUGAUUUUUUUGGGGGGGGGAGGCAAAAUAAUAAGGGUUUUUGUAAUUGCUGCUUUUUUUCAGGGGUAAUUUCCAACACACCUACAUAUACAUAAACAAUAUGUUUUAAAAUGUGAUUUGUAGCAGUCAGGAAUUAGGCAUAUCAUGCCCUUUGUUUGAAAGUACAAUCAGAGGUGAUAAGAUCCCUUUUGCUUGUACAGUGAUUCAUCAAGCUAUAUCAACACUGGUAACUAAGACCUACUAUGCCACGUAAGAGAUAUAUUUUUUAAGUUACUGCAUGCUUUUAUUAGGCCAUCAGUUUUAAAAAUAACAAAGAAGUCCUUACAACGUUUGAUUUUAUAGAUGACAUUUGCAUAAAACUGCACUUUGCCAGUAGCACAGUGAAUGUAUGCCAAAUGCAAGUCCAUUCCAAAAUCCAUUUGGAAAUCUUGAACUCAGCUGUGGUUCUUAAGAAAUGUUUGCAGUCCAUAGGGCCUUUUCUUUUUCCUCCUUCCAAUUUUGUGAUGGAUUCAUGAUGUUUACAGCACAGAUAAUACUUUGUGCCAUAAUUCUAAUUUAGCUGAAAAAUAAUCAAUAUUAGCUGUUCAAUAAAGAUUUGCACAUACGUUACUAAACCAAUGUGAGGCAAAUUACAGUUGGCCAAUAAAGUUGCACACUGCAUUAUUUGGGAAGCAAGAGAAGGAUAGUCAAGAAAUACUAAGAGAGAGAUGAAUACAGAGGACUUUGAAACAAAGAACUUUUAAUAUAACUGUAUUCAGAGGUCAUAUUAAGUUUGCGCAGGCAGUUCAGGUAAUAAUAAAGCACUCCUUAUCUGUGAAACAGAAUUUCAGGGUGUGGGUAACUAAAGAGACAUAAAAUCAUGUGACUCAUUAGGGUGCAUCACUGGAAAACUAGUAAUAGCACAUUUAAUUAAGGUCUCUGCCAUUGUUGAAUUUCCUUCUUAGCUCAGAAUUGGAUUUUGGAAUCUCCCUUCAUUUUGGUGAACAUAAACAGCAAUAAAGUUGGUAGGUUUUCCCAUCCUAAAGGAUUUUACUGGAGGUUAUAAUCUUAGAAGUACCCACUCUCCCCUAGCGGGUGCCCCACUGUAUGCAUACACCCAUCAUGUUGCCAUUGUAUUCUAAUUUAGCAGUAAUCUGGCAGACCUGGAAAAACAAGCUGCUCUUAAUAGCAUAAUGAAACCAAAGGCGUAAUAACUCAUCAUAGUUUUCCAUCAAAGUUGUAAUUUCACACUCUGCCUACAGCUUUGAAAACAUUUUUUCCUAUGUGAAAAAUUCCCGAAAAUACAUCCACUUGUCUCCCAAAGUAAGCGUGGUUAUGUAAUUACACUGAUAAAACAUCUCUCAUGUAACAACUGUGGCAAAACUGUGAAAAUAAUGGUGAGAAAGCAGAUGGGCUUAAAAGCAUGGUCCUGAAAACAGCAUUCUUUAAAGGCUUUUGUAACACUGAUCUCUGUUAGUCUCCAGUAACAGUCUAGCCGUCCUACUGUUGUGUAAUAUGCCUUUGCCUUUGUAUGGUUUCAUAUCUCUUUAGUGAUGGUCAACCCCACUUGGGUUUAAGUUACAAUUUAGGGGAAUAAUAUAUAUAUACUGCUUGGUGUUCUAGCUAAAAGGUUUACCAGUAUUCAUAGUGAUAUGCUGAAGCGGCAGCAAUUAACUUGGCAGUUGUCAGUUGAGAAUGAAAGUAGCAUGUCUGAAAAGUCUGAUGCUUUAUCAAAACCAUGUAGAUGACUUUAAAACUAUUGCAUGAAAAUACAUCAAGGUUAAUAAGCUGUUAUCAUACAGUAGAUGCAUGGUUUCAGUCCUUUGGUGAUAUAUCUAGUCAAUCAUUGUUUUCACCUGCCAGGAAAAAAGAGAAAACAGUAUUUGACAGGUGUAGAGGGUGGGGUAUAGACAUGAGAGAUUGAAUUUAAGGAAGUUUGCACACCUUAAUUUUUAAUCAUGUAUAAAUUUCAUAUGCCAACAUAGGCUGUAUUCAGUUUUAAAAAUAGGCAAAAUGAUUUGACACUGAUAAAUUUGAUAUGUUUAACUGUGUCCCAUAUGUAGACUCUUUCUUGCCUAUGACCAAUUUGAACAAGAAUUCACCCAACUCUCAAGGUGCCUUUUCAAAAGGAUGUCCUAGUCAGAUUGGUAUGCACAGACAAUUGGCACACGAGUGGUAGGAUAUAAAUUGGAUGAUGCCUGGCUGCUAAGGUGGCUAUGCUCUUUGGAUCAGUUGGUGCACUUCUUGUUUCUUGUAGGUGGUUUUCUUUCUUAAAACACGACUAAUUUGAUGUAUCUGUAACAUAUAGACCUGACUAUACAUUUUACAUUAUUUCACUGUUUUGUAAACUGGGUUUUUAGAAGCACGUUUGCCAUUCUGUUAAAGUACAUUGCCCCCUUAAAUUUUGGAGUAGUUCUUAAAAGCUUAAAGCGGUAAUAGAGGAGCCAGAAACUUUCUAAGCAGUGUAAAGUGUUUUGAAUUGAUAUUGACCUUGUUUGGGAGAGAGUAGCAGCAGGGGGUUUUAAAGCAAACAAAAGAUGCAUUGUAAAAAUGUAGUUUUAGAGCAGAUUAAUGAUGGUGGGGAAAGUGUUGCUAAUUUGUGUUUAUUUCCCUGGAAGAAAUGGGAAGUGUGAUAAGCAGUUUAAUUUUUAAGGAGCUGGUCUCAAUUUUAGUACUUUUUAAUUAUUAAAAGAAAUCAAUGUUUCUUUAAAUUUUAUCAUUGCUUUGUCACAGUUGUCUAAGGUUCAUAUCCAACUUUCUGUGGCAACUCAAUUUUAUAUAGUCUUUUAAAAGGUAAUUGUAAUGUCUGACAGUAUAAACAAAAAGCAAGAAUAUAAGGCAUAGAAGAAUUGUCCUUUAAAAAUAUCAAUGAUGUAUGCUGGAAUGUGAAGAUGUCCCUUUAUAGUUAAAAAUUGAAUUACUUUAAUAUCGUACCAUCAUUAGACCCUGAACGAGUGUUUUUGUAUAUCUGUAGAGAAAGAAAAAUGACAAUUGAAUUGUUACUUUUAAAAAUCAGAAUAAAUCGGGCACUGUCUGUGUUGCACCACUACUGUAUCUUUUUGAAAGAAUUAACAGUAUUUUCCUAUGUAAAAGUUAAUUCUGAUGACAUUUUCACAUUCACCAGACAUUUUUUUUCCUGUAUUAUUUGCAUCCCCAAAUAUUUAAUACAAAUAGAUUUUGCAUGGCUUGGGCAUUCAGAGAUUAAUAGAAUGACUCAAUUUUAAUUUCUAAAGCCACGAAAAGUUGCUUUGAGACUGAACAAUUCUGAAAUCUUAUUUAUAAUGACACUUAGUGUCCAUGUUUCUUUCCCUACUGUAUAAGAAUUGAUCAGUUUCUUCAUUAAAGCAGCAAGAACUUAUUAAAUCUUGUAAAUACCAUGUCUCUCUUAAAUUUCCAUGUAUGCUGUGAAUGAAAUUAUUUUGAGAUGAGAUUGUACAAAGGCAUUUUAAAAGGCUGUGCAUGCAUCGUACCUCCAAACAGUACAUAUUCGGAAAGUCAAAGGUUCCUGCAAAAUAAAUUAAUAAACUAAAAGCAAACACUA